AAGCAAAAAAUAAUAUAAUGUUUUGAGAUAAUUUUAAAUUAUUUUAAAAUUCCAAGCAUUGUUGAAAUUUUCUAGAUAACAAUGGGUGCUAAGUAUUUGUUAUAUAUUUAUUUAGGAAUUGUAUAAUUUCGUUAGAAAAAUGUUAGAAGAGAGAGAGAAUUAUUUAACCUCACUUAUUGCAGGUGGAUCAGCUGGACUUGUUGUAGAUAUCACACUUUUUCCCAUUGAUACAAUUAAAACACGUCUACAAAGUGCUCAAGGUUUUUUCAAAGCUGGGGGAUUUCGUAAUGUUUACAGAGGCAUUGUGCCACAAGCAAUCGGUAGUGCACCUAGCGCUGCGUUAUUCUUUUGUACAUACGAUGCUUUUAAACGAAUUCUCAUGCCAAUUGUUCCGGUCGAACAUCAUGCAUUUGUAUUUAUGGCUGGAGCGGCUAUGGGGGAAACUGUUGCAUGCUUGAUUCGUGUACCUGUUGAAGUUAUUAAACAACGUAAACAAACCUCCAUAGGACGAAUGAGUUCUUCUAAACUAUUAAUCGAAGCAUACAGAGAAGGCAUUUUUAAGGGUAUUUACAGAGGUUUCUUUUCGACUGUUAUCCGAGAAAUCCCAUUUUCUUUAAUUCAGUUUCCAUUGUGGGAAGGUUUUAAAUACUUUUGGCAAACAAAUUUAAAAAAUAACAAUGAGCUGCUAUCUUGGGAAGUAGCCGUUUGUGGGGCCUUAGCUGGUGGAAUAUCAGCGUUUGUUACAACUCCAUUAGAUGUGGCAAAAACUCGAAUUAUGUUAGCUGAUAAACAUUUAGUAUCUGAUCAUGAAUUACGUAUUACUAAUACGUUGUUAAGAGUCUAUCAGGAAGAUUCCUUUAAGGGAUUAUUUUCUGGAUGGAUACCAAGGACAUUAUGGAUUACAUUAGGUGGUGCAAUAUUUUUUGGGACUUAUGAUUUAACAAAACAAUUUUGGACUCCAUAUCUUGUCUAAUAGAUUUAUUUAAUGUUUCCUAG